UCGCGGUUCGUGUCCGGCCAGGCAGCUCGGUCCGCUGGCGGCCGCCGUCAUGUCGCUGCAGUUCGGGGAUGAGGAUUUCCAGACAGCCUGGCAGGAGCUGGACAAGCCGCAGCUGGACGGAUGGGAACUCUUCACCGAGACGAUGGGGGUCCAGAUCCACCGGCUGUACGACCGGGAAACUGGACUUUAUGAGUACAAAGUCUAUGGAGGGCUGAACAGCUGCAGGCCGGAACUCUGCGCAGACGUCUACAUGGACCUGAUGUAUCGGAAACAAUGGGACAGUUAUGUGAAAGAGCUCUAUGAGAAGGAUUUCAAUGGACAAACGGUGAUUUACUGGGAAGUGAAAUAUCCGUUUCCUCUGAAAAACAGGGAUUACGUUUAUGUGAGGGAGCGGAGAGACCUGGACAUAAACGGCAGAAAGAUCUUUGUGAUCCUGGCCAGAAGCUCGGCGGAGGCGGCGUGUCCAGAGAAGAGCAGCGCUCUGAGGGUGAGCGACUACAAGCAGAGUGUCGCCAUGGAGAGCGACGGAGCCGGCGGCACCAAAGUGUUCAUGAACUACUUUGAUAAUCCCGGCGGUAUGAUCCCGGCCUGGCUGGUGAACUGGGCAGCGAAGAGUGGAGUCCCAGGCUUCAUUACAGAUCUGCAGAAGGCCUGCAACAAGUACAAGACAUACUGCGAGAAGAAAUGAGUGCAGCUCACUGGAAAAACACAAAAUCUCAACAAAUAUUUUUGUCUAGAUUCAAGUGCAAAUAUCUUGAUAUACUUAAAAUAGGACAAAAAUAACUUACAAGAAAUGUUUCAGCAAGAAUUGCCAGAUUAUUUCACUUAUAACAAGACAUUUUUCCAUGUUAUAAGUGAAAUACCAGUGGAACUAGUUCUUUUUCACCAAUAUUAAAGAAUUCAAACAAGCUCUUAUAUCUUGCUGAGAAGUUACAUGUAAGUCAUUCUAGUCUUAUCCCAAGUGUCCUAAGUUAACUGAAGUUACUUGGUGAGUUUUCUGUUUCUGCUGUGCUGAUGGUGGCGGCGGCUCAUGCUGAAGAGUUUUCUUCAUGCUCUGUUUUCCGUUUUUGGUUGUUGGUGCGUUUGGCGGCUGUGGGGUUGUAUUCAGGGUGCAUGUGGCGCGUUGUUUUUUGCAGCUCUUCCUGUUUACUUGGCCAUGAAGUGAAAGGCUGGUGCUCUCUUUUAAGGGGAUAUUUUUAAUUUAAUCAACUGUUGGAUGAUUUGAAGAUGCUAAUCAUUCCUUUAGGCUGUAUUUUCUAAAACAAUCUUUUUGCACAGGAUUUCAUGACCUUGUCUUGUUUGCUGUUUGUGUUGAUUGAGGGAGAUGCAAUAUUACCAUUAGAAGUAAGAAUGUUCACCGGUGCAGAACUUCUGCAGCGCUGCGUAUGGAUGCUCGAUCGUUUCACACUACCUUUGUUCUGCUGAAUGGAGUGUAACUGUGUCAAUGCAGAUAAAUUCAUUUUAUUUCA